UCGGGUCACCUUGUCUAAAACUGUGCCGUUCGCUGACAGAAAAUUCCGAAAACUUCUUGAAGUGUGCUAGUUCCGUGAAGAGUAUGAUUGAAUUACUUGAUGUCCUUGAAUGCGUGGAGCGUUCAUCGGUUCUGUAUCUCUCAAGGCGGACGUAUCCUUCGAAUACGCUCCGGAAUGCACAGUUUUCCCGGUGUUCACCUACCGUCACGUCUAAAGAAUGCAACGCGAAGCGAUUUUUACAAACAUGAUCAACCUGGGUUGCAUGGUUGUGUUCGAAAUUGGCUGUGGUCUGAAGAUCGCUCGGAGGAGAAUCUACGCUUUGUCUAGGGCACAUGAAUUCGCCUCUUCAGCCCAGAAGUUGCCAAAUGGCUAGAAAAAACGGUGGGCAUUUCAGAACAGUGCGCCGAGAACAGAGCCCAUUCGUGUGGAUCGAGAAAUCAAAUGACUGAUUUUUCUCCUCGAGAUUGAAACAAAAUCUCAAGUUCGGUGAAGAUUACAGCUCCGACUGUGCGUAUGUGGAGCUGGGUGUCCAAAACGUUGCUAGAUCCUCGUACAGUGUUCGAAAGAGACGUUGCCAGUGAGACCUGCCCGAUCACUCAAAGCCUAAAUUUCUUUUCGCUUAUUCUCCAAUGAGUCUGCAUUUCUGUGUGUUUCAUGCAUGCAGUUAGAAUACCUUUUUCCAGUAUCUAACAACUGAAUUCCUAUAUUCGUGUUUGAAACCUUCUGUGUUCGGUGUGAUUCUCACAUUUUUCAUCUUUUUUCGUCUUACAUUUGUCCAUGUUCCAUUAUAGUUGUAUUGCAAUUUCAAUUGAAAUCGUAUUUUGCUUCGAAAUGCCGUGUAUAUAAACUUAGCCGCAUGUGGUGUGCGUCACUAUUGAAGAAUUUGGUGCUCCUUAAAUUUUUUUUCUCCUCUUUUGAUUUUUUUUAUAUUUGAGGUGCCAGAAAUGUGCUGAAAGACCAUAAAGUCCUGAUCAUGGAAUAUCUCCAUGAAUUUCGUGAUAUCCCGAAGCAGUUUUGUGAGUUUUUCUCGGCUUUGCAUCUUCCAGUCUUGUUGGGUUCGGCUUUUCCAUUUUUUUUUAAGCCUGCUGAAUUGCCUGCGAAGUGAACCCCAAAGUCGGAGUUGAUGUGCCGAGGUAGUUAUUAGUGUGCGGAAGUUUACUAAAAGAUUGUCUGACUUGAAACAAGUCUGAAAGUCAGCAUACGGAAGGUACAGGAUUUCUAAAUGGUGAGCUGGUUUGCAUGUUGCUUUUGGGUGUUCUUAGUUCAAUGGAUUGAUGUUGCACUUGGUAAACAUCAUUAGUAGAACACAUUCAGUUUUAGGUCCAUUUUUCAGUUUUGUGGUUUGUAUGUCUCCAUGUUCUUCAUAAUCUUCACGAACUGAUCAUUAUUCGUCGUUCGCUUGUUCAAGUUUUUCCUCAAACAUUUAUUCGACGAAUCACUGAUGUUUUUUCUCCCCAACGUUUAUGCAGCUAUAUGCAUUUAAUUUUUCCCUGCUUUGCUAACAUUUUCCUCCUCGUUCAUGUGAUAUAUCACACCUCGGAGUCACGUUCAAUCGUGAAAUCUGCGGAUUUUCGUGCAUUAGAAGAAUUUUCUGGGUUACGUGUGCUUGACAUCCGAAUUAUUUCAUGACUAGCGGACUGUAUACAAUUUGGGGUUUUUGGGUAUUCGUGAUGUACGUGGUGUUGGGGGCUUAAAUCGUUUAACCUUUCUAGAACAUGUUGGUAUUAUUUUGCCGAAAGCUUCUCAGAAGAGGAGCACGGUUAUGGAGAACACAGCGUGGGAUUGAUGCAUUUUAUACAGUACUUCGGUAUUUCGUUGCUCGGGAUGUCCAGUGAUUUGAUUCAGAAAACUCGUAAUUUUUCUUCAUAGUGAAACUGGCAUUUUCUGAUGGUACAUUUCCGACGUACGGAUUAUUUUCUUACGUAAGAAAGAUUCAGGAAUGAAGGAACUACGGAAUGCGUAUGAAUUGUCAUGUCAACGAGUUUUAGGAGUAUUUUACGAUACUUGAACAAUUGCGCUGUGGUAUACUGAAUUUUUUUUAAUGCAGUAAAGUACCGUGGAUAGAAGGGGGAAAAAGGGUGCAGUAUUUUCAACUUUUUUGAAAAUAUCUAGCGAGCUGUAAAUCAUUGAUGAGAAUUCAGUCAGGGUCGAACAUUGUCGGGGUUUCGAGAUAUUCGGCGACGUAAAUUGUAAGAGGUCGUGGAGGUGAGAAAAUAAUGUUUGAGCGUUCCUUUUAUCUCAUGUUCCUGCUUUGUGUUCGAAUUACAGAAGUUCAGAUACAACAUCAACCUGGCUCCAUGAAUUUACAGUGUACAAACGGAUUACUUGCUUCAGUCGGAUCUUGACGAACUUGCGAAAGAGUGUUUCGGUUUUCUCAGCACGUUUACAAAAAAAUGCCAGGGUUAGAGGGUACCCUGUGGUUAUCUGCAGUCGAACUUCAAGGGAUCAGCAGAAAAAGUUGAGUUAAGAGAGGUUUCUAUGUGUAGGUACAAGAAUUUUUAUUUGGGGGAAAAGAGAGAAUUACAGGAAAUUGAAUUUGGGGAUAUUCUGACAGGAUGCGGAACUUUAAGGGAAGGGUCCAUCCGUCAAUCAGUCUUUCGCCUUCUUACAAAAUGCAAAGCGACAUUUUUAUUGAUUUUUUUCUUGCUGUGGCAAUAAAAUAAUAGCCGAAAGCCUUCCAGAAAAAGUUUGAGUUCCAGAGGUUUGAGGGGGAAUCCUGCAAGUGUGGGAAUCUGGACAAGGAUUUGAGAAAAUGUACGUAGUACAAUACGGAGGUAUUUGACGAGAGAUGUGCGAUUUAUCGAGGUUCAAUCGUGUGAAAUCAAGUGUUCGGCGUGAGUGAAAACUCGGUGUGUCUCAGGUAGCUCCUUACCAUCCACAGGUAGUGAUUUUUUUUUUAGGUUGAAUUGUUCAUGAUGGUCCGGUGUUGUGGUGGGAUGGCGGUGCUUGUGUCCCAGGAGCUGCUGUCACUUGUGAUGACGCGUGGCAUUUGCUGUCGGGGUUAUUCUAGUGUGGCAGGGAAUCACAGGCAGAGUCACGAAGAUCGACGUCGGGUGAUCUCUGUCACUUCUUACUACAACCAGGCUGCGAUUGAUUCAUAUGCUGCAAAGCCCUCAGUGAGACUAACUCCGGAAACUAUUUUGUACUCGGGAGAAUACCCUGAUAGAAGCCAUCUUUUGAGAAGUGCUCAGUAUUUGCAGAAAGAGCUUCCGGUGAGAAUCGCUCACAGAAUUGCCGGUUUCAGAGCAUUGCCAUUUAUUGUUGGCUGCAACCCUACUAUUUUGUCCGUGCAUGAGCUUUACAUCAGAGCUUUCCAUAUCCUUUGUGAGUACCCAGCUAUCAAGACCAUGGAUGACGAGCAGCAGUUUUCAGAAGUGUUGAAAAGCCUGUUGGACGAUCACAAAGACGUGGUCACGCAACUUGCCAGCGGAUUCCGAGAAUGUCAGAAGCACAUUCCUAGUCAAGACUUGGUGAGAGUUUUCUUGGACAGAACCCUGACCUCGCGUCUGGGAAUCCGGAUGCUAGCAAUGCAUCAUUUGGCUCUUCGUGACGAGAAACGAGUUCAAGACCACAUUGGAAUCAUCAACACAGCUAUGCGACCGCAGAGUCUGAUUGUCAAGUGGUGCGAGUUUGUUCAGCGAAUGUGUCAGCACAAGUAUACCAAAAAGCCGACUUUCAAGAUUGUGGGGAACGUGAAUGCCGUUUUCCCGUAUAUACCCAUACCGUUGGAUUAUAUCCUGCCUGAACUGCUCAAGAAUGCUGCA